UUUGUAAAUUCACAUUCACAAAUGGAAAUCUAUUGACCUGGCUUUGGUAUUGAGGUGUAACAAAGAUGCACUGGGAAAGCUCAAUUUAUUUUAUUUCUUGGAUUUCCUGCAUCUUUUCCUUUAAAACAACCAACAAGAUAUACAUCUUGUCCCGUCCGGACCGGAGACCCGCAUCUCCUACACAUGAUCCCAAUUUCACCCCUUUCGUUAUGCACAAUAACACGCAGUACCGCAAUAUGAUGGAGCAGUCGCUUGUGCUAAUUAUAUAAGAGUUUCUCAAAUAUUUCGAUAUCUGCAUGUCUGUCAUCCAACACACACUUCUCAUGUCGCUGUAAGAUUUACUGCUCAGUGCACCACAUCUCCAUUGCCUUGUUUUGAACAUCACCCUUUACAACAUGGCGGCCGCGUUGACGUAUUGCAAUAUCUAGCAUCAGUCGCUUGCGCUAAAUUAUCCCGUAAUAAUAUUUUAUAUGUAUAUAUUCUUUUUCUCCAACAUUACUGCAUGUGCAGAUCUCCAAGCACGCACACACACGUUGCUAAGUGUAUACCGUAAUACACGCGCAGGCACGAGCCGCACGUGAUGCACACGCUUUAACCGUGAUGCACUGCGGCUGAGCGAUUACAUCCACGCGUUCGGCGGCGUCACCGUACAACAGUAGGUCGUUAGGUGCGGUUCUGUCUGAUCCGAGACCGGAACUGAAAUAUCGUUUCUUUUCAGAGAAUGGAAUCAGCAAUGAAGAAGGAAGCCGAGAAUGUUUGUGUGCUCUGCUGCCAGGAUUUUGAGCUCUUCGCCGUUGGGAAAUGUGACCACCCGGUGUGCUACCGGUGUUCCACCAAGAUGCGUGUGCUAUGUGAGCAGAAAUACUGCGCCGUCUGCCGAGUGGAGCUGGACAAGGUUAUAUUUGUUCGAAAACUUCAACCUUUUGCUGCUCUCACUCAUCAUGACUACCAGGCUGAGAAGAAGCACGGCAUCUACUUCGCUGAUGGAAAAAUCUUUGCACAGUUCAGGAAGAUUCUGCAGCCGGAAUGUCCGCAAUGUCCCGAGCCCAAAGUCUUUUCUAAGUUUGAGGAGUUGGAGCAACAUAUGCGAAAACAGCACGAGCUCUUUUGCUGCAAAUUAUGUGCUAAGCACUUGAAGAUAUUUUCCUACGAGAGAAAGUGGUACAACCGCAAAGAACUGGCUCGACAUCGGACGCAAGGGGACCCAGACGACACGUCUCAUCGUGGCCAUCCGCUUUGUAAAUUCUGCGAUGACCGAUAUCUGGAUAACGAUGAACUGCUUAAGCACUUAAGGCGAGACCACUACUUCUGCCAUUUCUGUGAUGCUGAUGGGGCACAAGAAUAUUAUAGCGACUACUGCUAUCUAAGGUACCACUUCGGUGAAAGCCAUUUUCUGUGCGAGGAAGGUCGCUGCAGUACAGAGCAGUUCACACAUGCCUUUCGGACAGAGAUAGACUUCAAAGCCCACAAAGCUGCUGCCCACAGUAAGAACCGAGCUGAGGCACGGCAAAAUCGGCAGAUCGACAUACAGUUCAACUACGCCCCACGCCAGCAGAGAAGGAAUGACGGUAAUUUGACCGGUCUAGUAGGUGCUGACGAUUAUGAAGAAGUCGAUCGCUUCAACAGACAAGGGCGCCCAGGAAGAGGAAGACCUCAGGGGUUACACCAGAAUGUUAGAAGCUGGAGGUACAAUAGAGAGGAAGAGGACAAGGACCUGGCUGCUGCAAUCCAGGCCUCUCAGGCUGCUCGCCGACAGGCAGAAAGAGGACAGAUCCAUGAGCGAGGAGGCCAAAAAUCUCGCAAAGAGGAAAUAAUUGAUGGAGAGGAGUUAAGAAGCAGUCGAGGUCCACUCAAACCUCCUAGUGAGAUGCAAGGCCGAUCAGUGAAGAAUAGCGUCCCGCUGAAGGGUGAAGACUUUCCAGUAUUAGGUGCUGGUGUACCAACACUGCCACCACCUAUUCAAAGCAUGGUGAAACCUGCUCCUGUCUCACUGAAAGAGGAUGAUUUUCCAAGCCUGGUACAUUCCGGUACAAUGGUUUCAGGCCCAAUGACUCCAGCAUAUGUAGCUCAAGCUAGAAAACAUUCUUCUUUUCAAGAAGAGGACUUCCCAGCACUUGUCUCCAAGAUCAGACCCCAUAAGCCUCAAGAGAAUACAACAUCAGCUUGGUCCCAAGUAGGAAGUAAAUCUGGCAUGCUCAAUAAGCCUCCUGUGGUUCUACCAACGAAGACAGUGUUGCACAGUGCACCUGUGUUUUCGGCUAGUGAUCCACCACCCUCCUCCACUAUUCCUCAGGUUCAAGCAUUUCACCGCAAGAAAAAGCUGAUCUCUUCACAGUGUGCCAAAGCUACAUCUAAGGUCAAAUCCCCAGUUUCGUCAGAUGAUGAGGACCCUGAAAAUGGCAAAAAGGUUCAGGAGAUUCGUGCCAUCCCCACCAUGUUGGACAUCUCUUCUCUGCUUACGGUGAAGACCGGCUCAUCACAGCCCAGUAACAAAAAUGGCAAGAAGAAGAGACCGCCUUCAGCUACUCCUUCUGGGAAUUCGGCAAAUAACGCGGAAUUGGUUACCACGGCAGCUCACAAAGAAAAUGUACCUGAAACCAAGCCACCUGAUAGUUGUGUCCCUAAAGGCACUGUGGCCCCCAAAUCAAACAUGUUUAUAAAUGGAUAUAAAGAAAAACCUAAGGAAAAUAAGGACAAUAUUACUCCAGAAGAGCCUCCUGCCCCUAAAAAACAGCCCAUUUUAGAAACACCUUCUGUGCCUGAAGAAGAGGAUUUCCCUGCUCUUAUUUCUAAGAAACCUCCACCUGGUUUUAAGAGCUCAUUUUCAAUGAAGAACGUUCAGACAGUACUGCCUCCUCCUCCACCUGGUCUUGUGCCCACGAUCAGCAAACCUCCUCCAGGAUUCACCGGUGUACCGCUCAAUAGUAAUUUAGCAGAACGUGCAGUACCAGUGUUUAACAGACCAACAUCCUCACUUGGAACUUACCACAUGCCUGAAAACUUCAAACAAAGAAACAUGGACCUUAUUCAGUCAAUACAGAACCUCCUUCAGAAUGAUGAAUCAAAGUUCAAUGAAUUCAAAAACUACUCCGGCCAGUUCAGACAGGGUUUAAUUUCUGCUGCCCAGUACCACAAAAGCUGCCACGAGCUGCUGGGUGAAAACUUCAGCAGGGUCUUCAAUGAGUUGCUGGUUUUACUUCCAGACACACAAAAACAACAAGAGCUUCUCACUGCCCAUGCAGACUUUAAAGCCAUGGAGAAACAACAGCCAGGCUCCAAAGGCAAGAAGAACAAAAAAAAAGCCUGGCAAUCGUGUACCUCUACCAACACACUAGACUUGGACUGCCAAGUGUGUCCUACCUGCAAGCAGGUAUUGGCCCCAAAAGACUUCAGUGAUCAUAAAACUCUGCAUAUUGGAGAAGAUGACUUCCCCUCUCUGCAGGCCAUAAGCAAGAUUAUCAGUUAACUGCCAAGAACAGGAGCACUACUCUGACCGAUGGAAAGAUGUUUGAGAUGAGGAUUGCUCAUGUGAAACACAGUGCAGAUGUAGUGUGUCUGGAACAUGGGUGCCCAACUCCAGUAUUGGAGUCUAGUCUGGUUCGAUCACGUUGUCGCACUUGAUAAUUACCAGGUUUAGUUAAGGCAUUCCAGGAAUGGAGUUGGACACCCCUGAGCACGGUGAUUGAAAUAAUAUACUUUUUCUUUGUCGGGGCAAAAAAAAUAAUGAAUACGACUCAACAGGUAAGAUUAAUGUUUUAAGUAAGAGAUAUUUGCUUUUGGAGAAUGUAUUAUUGUAACUGCUGUUUCUAAAUCCCACACCUUCGGAUUUAAGGGUGACCUUUUCAUCGGGUUUGUACACAUGCCGUAGCAUGGUCAUUUUCUAAUUCUAGACUGGACUUUACUUGCCCACAACAUUUAUUUAUUGCCAUUUUCAUUAUAGAAUAAUCUCUCACCUGUUUCUCAAAUCAACCAACAAUAGAGAGGUUAUAUAUACAUAUAUAAAUAUAUUUGAAUGGAGGAAUGAGUAAAAAGUUGAGCAAGUGCCUAACAAAUGAGCAGUCUCUGACAAAGGGCUUUCUUGAGGUCUGUUGAUGGUUGUCAUCAAUCAAAGGAACAAAGCACUUGCAGCAUUUAAUUUUCUGUCAUGCUCCACAGUCAGUCGCACCUCAGUACUUGUUUUCAUGCGUACUUCAGGCAUUCAUUAUUUAUUUGACAUUAUUAUUUAAAGGCAUUAUUAUUUUCAGAGCUUUUAAAAUUAGUCACCUGGGUACAGAAACUUUAAAUUUUUCAUAAUAGCCUCUUUUGUAAUAAUAAAACAUCAGUCUCUUUGAAUUAGCCUACAUGCAAUAAUGCAGUUGAUGCAUAACAGCUGUCCUCUGGAGUAAAAAAAUAAAUAAAAUAAACGCACAUUCAUUUUUA